AUGAAUUAAACUUUACAAUAUGUAGAAAGUUCUUAAAGUGACAUGUAUAAUGAAUCAGAAUUUGAUGAGCAUUAAAGGGGGAUAAACCUAGCCUUUUUGAAUUAGAAGACAUUAGAAGAUAAAAUUCAAUUUUCAAAUUUAAACAUCAAUUAGCCUCUUGACUUGAAAGCACCAGCUGAAACAAUACAAGAAUAUUUGUUUACAGACGAGAAAUUGGAAGUUCAAGGGAAAGGAUUAAACAAUACUCAUACAUCGUUUAAUAAAUAUUUGAACCUCAAACUACUUGAUUUAACAAGAUGUAAAUUACAUUAAAUUCCAGAAGAUAUCAAGUAAAUCUAUUAUACUACUAGAAGAUCAAUGGUCAAUCUCUAAAAACUGUAUAUGAGCUCAAACUUUUUAACUUUUGUUCCAAACUUCUUAGAGUCUUUAAAAUUCUUGGAAAUAUUGGAUUUGUCAUUCAAUUAAUUACACAGUCUAAAUAUACAUAUUGCGAGUUUGAAAUAACUGAAUAUAUCAAGCAAUAAUUUCGAGCAACCAUAUCCCUACUCAAUUGAUGUCUUGUGUAUCUAAAUGAACCCAAUCUCUUAACUCCCUAGGAGUUUUGAUAGGGUCAUAAAAAAUAUGAAUCAAUUAGAAUUUGACUGGUUCAAAUACUGCAAGCCUCCGUUGCCUUUGAAAUUGAACUUCGUUAAAUAUCCUUCGAUCCAGUAAAAGUUAAUGAAUGCAUUGAAACAUAAUAAAUUAAAUUUUUUAGACUUUGUGAAAUUAUUAAGUGUUAAUGAAUAGAACUUUUCUGGAACUGAUUAUAAGGAAAGGAACCUAUUUUGUUAGGCAGGAUUAAAUGAUGAUAUCGGAGCUUUGCAUGGAUUAUAUUAAAUAAUUCCUUAAGAUAUCAACAAAACAGAUUUCGAUAACAACACUCCUCUAACAGUGUGUUAUUUAGAUGGGAAAUUAAGAUCAGUAAGCAUCCUCAAAUCAUUUGGAGCAACUUUUUCAGUAAAUGCCAUUCAUCAAAUAAGCUAACGAGCUGACAUCCAAAAUUUGAGAUUCAUUCUGGCCUCUCAUAAUAAUCAAGAAGUUUUGUUGAUGCAUAGAAAUAUGGAUGGGAAUACUCCAUUACAUUAAUUAAUGAUGAACUUUGACAAACACGAAAAUAGCAGUGAGUUUGCUAAUACUAUUCUUUAGUAUGGGGCUGAACCUAAUGUAGAGAAUUACGAAGGUAGUACUCCUUUGGAUGUUGCUAUAAAGAAAUAGUAAAUCAAAGCAAUUCAAUUUGGAUAUUAAUACAAUCAAAUUAAACGACACAAUAUUAAGAAAGGUUAAUUGUUUGAUUUCAAUCAUCACUCCAGUCAAAAUGGUUAAAGUUUGUGUCAUACAGCAAUGAGCAUCGGAAAUUUAGAAAUAAUCGAAUUCUUAUUAGCUAUUAAUUCUGAUUUCUUUGCCAUCAACAAAUUUAAUAAACUGCCUAGAUAUUUUGCAACAUAAAGUUUAGUGUUUAUUAAAAAUACAAGAAAAGUUGAAAAGAGAUACAUUUAUACAAAUAUUUUAAGGGAGAAAUCCUUAUUGGAAUAGCAAGAAAAAAAUGUUUAUCAAAUGAAAAAUCAAAUUGAAAAAAAUAUGGUAUAGAGGCAUCAGAACAUGGUUUAAAAGCAUUUAGAUUAAGAAGAAAUUGAAGAUAUUGAAGAUUUUGAUGAAAUGGAAAGUUAUAAUGAAAAUAGUCUUUAGGUUGGUAGUGAAUGCUCUGUUAGAGAGACUGUUGCUGAAUCAGCUCCUAUAUUUUAAAAAUCAAGCUGCCUUAAUGAACAUAGCUAAGCCAUCAAGAGAAAUGUGGAUUUCAUUAAUGAGUUCGAUUUUUAAGAUGAAUUACCAGAAAUUUUAAAAUUGUUAAGAAGUGGAAAUUUAGAAGUAACAAUUUAGAAACUAAAAAACAUUUUACAAUAUGAAUCCUUACCAGUAUCUGAAAGAAUUAAAUAUAAAAAUUAAGUUAACUUUUUGAAAUUUAAAUUUAAAUAAAAAAGGGUUGAGUUAAAAACUUAGAUUGCUAAUGAUGUACUUCUAGUUUUAAAUGAAUAUUAAUUGUUAAAUUUUAGAAGUGAAUUGAGACAUAAAUAUUUAAAGGAAUUAUAAUAAUUUCUAUUAGAUCAAAGUAAACUUGAAAUUAGUAAGGCCCUACAAAUUAUUUUAAGAUAAAAAAUGAUAUGCUCCUCAUUUAAUCUUAACAGAGAUUUAAAAAUAAACAAUUUGACACAAAUUAAUGAUUUAAGGUUGCGACUUAGUAGCAAUUUAAUAUAUGAUAUAAAUAACUAUGCCUCACCGUUAUUUUAAUUACAAUAUCAAAUGUUCAAUUGGUUGUAUUCAUAUACUAGAAUAAACUAACUUUUUCAAUUUAUAAAAUUAUGAAUAUCUGUAAUUAAUGAAAUUUAAGAGACGAAAGAUAUUUUCAGAUAUUAUUGAUGAUCUUAGUAUAGAAAGAGACAUGCUUGAAAAUCAUUCGUUGCCUCAGAACUAAAUAAUGAGUAAUAAUAAUUUAUUUUGUAACAGUAAAA